ACCCGAAUGAUUCUAUGAUCUCUCUGGGUGCAGACGCCUGGGGGGCUGUGUAUGUUGCUGGGGGGGUGGUUGGCUGGUGCCACAUCCCACUCCCCAUCUCUUGCAGGGCACGUCUCUGCGGUGCUACCAAGUGGAGCUGUGGGGUCUGGUUGCUGUGGGGCUCCUGGGGCUCUGCUACCGCAUCUACCACGAUGAUGGGCUGUGGCUGAGUAUGACCCCCAACCGCAGCACCCCUCCGCAGCCCCAGGCAGCCCCCAGGCUCCCCCCACCAACCCCUGCCCCUUGCGUGGCCAACACCUCGAUGCACAAGAUUGAUGGCUUCGCCAACCUGCCAGGCCACAUUCAGGACUUCAUGCUGUACCAGCACUGCCGCGUCUUCCCGGCGCUGCUCGACGUCCCCGACAAGUGUGGGGGGCCCGAUGGGUCCCCCGACGUCUUCCUCCUCUUGGCCAUCAAGUCGUCGCCGCUGAACUACGAGCGGCGGGAGACGAUCCGCAAGACCUGGGGGCAGGAGAGGACCUUUGAAGGAGCCUUGAUCCGCCGGGUCUUCCUGGUGGGAGUCACCGGCAGGGCCCAGGAUGACAAGAAGCUGAAGCCGCUGCUGCAGCGGGAGCAGCAGGAGCACAGGGACAUGCUGCAGUGGGCCUUCAAGGACACCUUCUUCAACCUGACGCUGAAGCAGGUCCUCUUCCACACCUGGCUGGAGAAGCACUGCCCCGGCGUCCGCUUCAUCUUCAACGGGGACGACGACGUCUUCGUCAACACGGACAACGUCAUCCACUUCGCGAAGACCACCCCGGGCGGCGAGGAGCAUCUCAUGGUGGGGCAACUCCUCGUCAACAACCCACUGGUCCGCAUCCGGGGCAGCAAGUACUUCGUGCCCACGCAGGUCAUGGCCGCCAAGGUCUACCCUCCCUACUGCAGUGGUGGUGGGAUGCUCAUGUCCGGCUUCACCGCCCGCGUCAUCGCCCGGGAAUCCCAGGACAUCAAGCUCAUCCCCAUCGACGAUGCCUACCUGGGCAUGUGCUUGCAGAAGGCAGGGCUCCAGCCCGCUUCCCACACUGGCAUCCGGAUCUUUGGGGUGGGGGUACUGGCCAACACCGACCCCUUCGAUCCCUGCUACUACCGGCAGCUGCUGCUGGUGCACCGCUUCGUGCCCUUCGAGGUGGCAGCCAUGUGGGAGGCCAUCCACGAUCCCCAGCUGAACUGUGGCAAGAAGGUGAGCCCAGGAGGACUCAGAACUUGAGGGGGUGCUGGGGGGGUGAAUGCCGGGGCCACCCGAGGGAGGCUCGGGCUGUGGCUCUCUCCGGAUCCUCAUCAGAUGCUGCUGCUCGGUGCUGCCACGGACCCUGGGGCUGAGCCCCGACUCCACCGUGGUUCUGCCAAGGGGGGCACGGUGGUGUCGGCCAUGCCAAGCCCUGGCUCGUGCCCAGAGACCACUGAGUGCCACCGCACACCCUGGUCCGUUUCUGCCUGGUUUUUGCCCCCGAAUCUACCCUCCUGUGGUCAGGGGAGCCCUGGGGUGCCGGGGGGGAGAAUAA